GAGUGUAAUUCAUAGUGCUUAUUGCCUGCCCCGUCGGUGUGAGCGGUUUGUAUUAGCCCCGCCUCAACUUAGUUUUCGACUUCGAACCCUAAAACUUCAUGCCUCGACUGAUCUUCACACUCAUCAUAUGCAUCGCGUGCUCGGUGUCCUCGCUUCCUCCUCUCGCCGCCGAUUCCGUCAUCCAUCCCGACGACAAGGCAUCCUUGGUGAAGCUCCGUUCCCCGUCGACCGAUCCAAGGGGCAGCCUCUCAAGCUGGAAUGGCUCUAAUUGCAGCUCCUGGGCAGGUGUUUCCUGCAACAAAGCUACUGGCCGCGUCGUUGCCCUCGACCUCUUCAGCUUUGGUCUCGUGGGCUCCCUUCCCCUGAGCCUCUGCAAACUCCCCCUCAUCAGAACCGUAAUCCUCUCCAAAAACGCUUUCUCCGGUGUCAUCCCUCCUUGUUUCGGCCGUCUCCACGCGCUUGAAACCCUGGACCUUGGCUGCAACCAUCUACGCGGCCCCCUUCCCACUCAGCUAGCGAGGCUCUGCCGCCUCAAGAAGCUGCUUCUCUCUGAUAACCCCAGUUUCGGUGGCAAGAUUCCCGAAUGGAUCGGGAACUUCUCCUCAGCUCUCUCGAAGCUUGAACUUAGCUCGAAUUCCCUCGAAGGACAGAUUCCGGUAAGUUUGUACGACCUGGGCUCCCUUCGAGAGCUCGAUCUUUCUGACAACCGCUUAGUGGGUAUUCUGAAGGAUUUCUCCCAGCCGCUUAUCUCGCUUAAUCUGGCCUCCAAUCAGCUCUCUGGAACUCUUCCCUGCUUCUGGGCGUCAUCUAACUCCCUCUCUGUCCUCAACCUCGCCGGAAACGACAUCGUUGGCGCCGUGCCCACGUGCAUCUCAUCUCUUCGCGCGUUAACCUUGCUGAAUCUUUCUUCCAAUGGCUUUGAGUUCAGUAUUUCACCAAGGCUCAUCUUCUCUGAUCGGCUCCUAGUUCUUGAUCUGAGCUCCAACGCUCUUUCCGGCCCAGUACCCCGUGGAAUCGUCAAGUACUCGGCGCGCUCGGCGCUGCUACUGCUCAAUCUCUCCAACAACCAGUUUUCUGGCGAGAUCCCGCUGGAGAUAACGGAACUGAGAAGCCUUUUAGGGUUGUUCCUCUCCCACAACCAGCUCACUGGCGACAUACCCGCAGCCAUCGGUAACCUCACCUACCUCCAAGCUCUUGAUCUGUCACACAAUUCCCUCUCGGGUCAGAUACCCAUCAGCCUUGCAGGAUGCUUCCAGCUCUGGCAGCUCAAGCUCAGUCACAAUAACCUUUCCGGCACACUCAGGCCGGAGCUGGAUGCCCUAGACAGUCUUAGAAUACUUGAUCUCGCGGGCAACCGGAUCUCUGGCGAGAUUCCGCUGCCGUUAGCGGGAUGCAAGUCAUUGGAAGUCAUCGACCUGAGCUCAAACAACAUCGCAGGAGAGCUCAGUGGUGCCAUCCUCAAGUGGCAAAACCUCCGUCUUCUUUCGCUGGCAGGUAAUAAGCUUUCCGGAGUUCUUCCGGACUGGAUAUUCUCGUUCCAGUAUCUCCGAUCACUUGACCUAUCUGACAACAAGCUGUUUGGAUACAUACCUGGUUGCGAUUUUAAUGUAAGUUCUGACUUCAAUGGAGAUGAGCAUGACCUCCUUUUUCAUGGUGGAAGUCUUACUGGGGAGAAUGCUUUUGUGUGGGGGAUGCUAGACUUUAAGGGCAGCCGGCAGCUGGAGCUGCAUUAUGAGCUAACCUCAGCGGUGGGUAUAGAUUUGGCAGGCAAUUCUCUUCAUGGGGAAAUACCUCAAGGGUUGAUUGGCCUUAAAGGUUUGGAAUAUCUAAACCUCUCCCACAACCACCUGGUUGGUCGGAUUCCAGCGAGCCUGGAGAGAAUGGGGAAGCUGAGGAGACUGGAUUUGUCCCAUAAUUCGCUAACUGGAAGUGUGCCAAUGGGCAUCUCACAGCUGAGGGAGCUUGAGACGCUGAACCUCUCAUAUAACUGCUUAACAGGCCAGGUUCCAAAGAGGGAGGAGGGCCUUUUGAGGUUUCCAGGAGCGUUUGCGGGGAACCCUGGGCUGUGUGUGGAGAGCGGUGUGAGAGAGUGUGAGGGAAAGGCUUCAAAGUUGCCUGCUGGGAAUGCUGCUGGAGGAAGCGGUGGUUAUCUCGUAGAGGAAGGCUGGAUGUCUGUGGGAGCAUUCUGGGUGAGUGCAGCAGCCAGCUUCUAUGUCUCUUCCAUGGGUUUUCUAUGCUCGCAAAAGGUGAGGAAUUAUGUCUUCCAGACAUUGAAGCAGGAGUUUUAAGUGGUAGAUGUUUUUAACUUCUGGAAGAGAUGGCUAAAGUAUUGGAGGCUGUACUGAAAGUGAUAUCAUCUUCAAUUGCUAGUUCUCUUGUGAAGAAGUUGUUGCGUUUUGUUUUGGAGGAGAUGGCUAAGCUGAGUGGACCUUUCUUUUAUGGUAUAUUUAUGGAGAUUUGGAAAGUGUCAAGAAAAAUGCUGUUCGAAGCAACGUUGUUAUUAUAUUCUUGCAGAAAUCCGUCAUAAGAUAAAAGUUGUCCAUGAAUCACAUGUGCCUGCUUUGUGGCCACGAAGAGCAUUGCGCUAAUGAAUGCCACUUCGUACGUUGGGCAAGUUCUUCCUCUCUUCUUGUAUUGAAAAGUUAUGUCGAGGAUUCCACUCGAUGAUGAUUUCAGCGUAAUUGUAUUGUAAUCCGAGGUACCACUUUCUGACGAUUGAUAACUGAAAUUUGUUUGCCUCACUAAAGGUCUUUAAGAGCAAAAAAUGAUGGAAUCUGUUUUACUUAUUCCUUCUCAAAAGUUGUUUUUCAUUGCCUGGUUCUUUUCAUUUGGGCUACGUACUUGUGAUUAUGUCAAGAUCGUUCUUAGUGGAGUGGAGGUCAUUCAUUUUCA